AGCGCUCAUCCGCUCCACUGAAAACUAUCGAAACACACGGAGCCCGGCUGCGUCCCGGUGGAGAUUUCAUGUGCAGGGGUCCACGAGAGACUUCUUCGCAUCAACUGUCUAAAGAAAUACGUCUCCCCUUGCCCUCACAUUCUCGUGCAGACGAUGGGUGUCCAGUUGCCGCCGGUUAUUUCUGCGCUGAUCCCCUCCCUUCACACUCUCCAACUGCUCCACACACUCAGUGAAGAGGAGUUAGUGGAGGAAUCAGACCCCAGAAAUAGCCCAGGGUGUUGGUUGGGUGGGUGGGCUGACUGCGGACCCCAGCAGGGUCCAAAGGGAGUCAUGUGCACAACCUUGUCCUCACAUAACACAGACAGAGACACAGGAGAGGAUCCAUAAACCCUACACCAGCUGGAGCACAGUGGAUGUACUUGAAGGAGUUUGCUUGCUGUAGUUGGAGGGGAAAGUCAGACUGAGUGUGGGCAUCGCAGACACCGAGUCGCUGGCCUAUCCCGGACCAUGAAGCUUAAUGUGGCGUUGUGUUUUGCGGGGUUCUUCGGGGCGUUGGCAGCUGUGUUCACCCUCCUCUCAUUUGGGACGGAUUACUGGCUGCUGGCCUCAGAGAGCUGCCACCCAAACCCUGACCCUGGAGAUGUUGGUGGUGUGACAGUAGAGCGGGGCGAUGUGGUGGUGCAGGAAGGCACUCCUCGCAUCACUCUGUACCAUGAAGGGUUUUUCUGGAAGUGUUCGUUUGAAGGCAACGCUGAUGAUGACCACCUGAUGUGGAAGCUGUGGUUCACAAAUCAGCCUCACUCCAAAGAGUGCACGCACGCCUACCUCUUCCCAUUCCCAGUGUCUCAUCAGACCCACAAUGCAACAGAGUAUGAUUCGGCCAUCAUCUACAGAGGCUUCUGGAGCAUCUUCAUGCUGAUCGGUGUGGCCGCUGUGUUGCUCGGUGGUUUAUUCAUCAUCUGUGCGGCUCCUUUUGCCAGCCACCGUUUAUAUAAAGCAGGCGGCAGCCUCUUCCUGGCAUCAGGCCUCUUCCUGCUGUGUGUGGUGGUGAUGUACGUGCUGUGGGUGCAGGUGUUGGAUGUGGUGGACCUGUACAUCGUCCACCAGCGGUCCACAGUGUGUCCAGACUUCAAGCUGUCCUUCCACUACGGGCUGUCCUUCAUGUUUGCUCCCGUCGGCAUCUUCUUCUGCCUCCUGGCCGGCCUCCUCUUCCUCCUCAUCGGCCGACCAUCCAGAUCCACUGCCACUGACUUCCCCCAGCAGCAGGUUAGAUGAUCGGACUCAUUGUUUUACCAACAGACCGGACAUUUUCCCUUCCCUUGUCUGCUGUGUAAAUAAAGACUAUUUAUAUGGAAGCUCUGGAUAUAAAUGAUCUGACAGGAUAAAAACAUUGCUACCAUUGUUAAGUUCACACACGCAUAUCUGAAAUGACAAAACAUUUAAUUUAGCUGAUGCUUUUAUCCAAUGCUAUUUACAUUUGGUGCAUUCAAACAUGAAGGUACAUCCCCAAAUAGAAAGUGUGAAAAUAGUUAUAAGGGUUUUGAGUGAAUGCUAAUUAAAAUGAUCAGGAAAAAUGUGGUUAAGUAAAGCAUUUUCUUUAUAAACUGACACAAACACCAUGUUAUACUGUAUAUUAUGCUUUGUAUAGUGUUAAAUAAAGACAAAUUAAAUAAAAGCACACAUUAAAAAGUCUCAUGCUUCUCCAACAAUGAAUAUAAUAACACAACAUGCAGUGCGAUAGACAUAAUGGUUCAAGAAAGUUGCACAGCUGUACAGAAAAAUAUACAACAGUGGAACAGUGUGUAUGUAGAACUCAGUAUGAUCAGUAUUUUAUUUCUAAGUCUUUGCUAUGCCUUGUAUUGUAUCAUGCUGCUGCAACACAAAUACUUCCCGGUUUGGGAUUCAUAAAGUAAUUCUUAUCUUAUUUUAUAAACUCGAAGCCUGUGUUAUAAAAAAAACAACACCAUUUUUUUCGUAUCCAUAACUAGAAAAGGUGUCCUACAGAUCAUGAAGCCCCUAGAGAAAAUGUGAGCUUUGUGAUAUUGCUUAAACAGAAUUGACUAGAUUUGAACACCAGUGGGUUCAUUGAUACGGAGCUCUGCGGCACAGAGACAUAUCACACAUGUGUUUGUAGGAUCAGCGUGUCGUUGGUUUUGGUCUUUUUUUGACAAUAAGAACAAUGUAAAUGCAAUCAGAUCAUGCUGUAACGUCAUUAAAUAUUAUAUUUCACUGAGUGUAACAGCUUUAUCUGCAGCUAUGUACAUAUCCUGAAACUAUGCUGUUAUUUGUUAUAACUUCCGUGGUUUCGAGCUUGAAGUCUGACUUUUUAAGUUUAUUUAACUAUCACAUGUUCAUGUUGUUGAGUUUUUGUCGUCUUUGUUUGUGUGUUGACACAACAUCAUAUCUGUCCAAAUGAAUGUUGUUUUUUUUCCUGUUAUCUGUUUGCCAAUAAAAUGAAGAAGUAAGGCAGA